ACCCAGGCAAAACCCCUCCUCUCCUCCGCUCGCCACGGGGCUCCGUCGCCAUGGCCGCUGGGCGGGCCUUCCUCCGCGCGCCCUCCUCGCUGGCCGCCGGCGCCCGCCGGUUCGCCUUCGCGUGCCCCCCGGCCCGUCCCCUCGCCGCCGCGUCCCACCGCCGGGGCCGCGGCCGCGGCCGCUGCUACUGCUCCGGGCCCGCCUCCGAUGCCCCGGCGCCCGCGCCGCCGCCCUACGUGCUCACCACGCCGCUCUACUACGUCAACGCCCCGCCGCACAUGGGGAGCGCCUACACCACCAUUGCUGCCGAUGCCAUCGCCCGCUUCCAGAGGUUGCUGGAUAAGAGGGUUGUAUUUAUUACCGGAACAGAUGAGCAUGGCGAGAAAAUCGCCACUUCAGCAGAGGCUUGUGGUAGAAAUCCAAAGGAUCAUUGUGAUACAAUUUCGAAUUCAUAUAAGAUGCUUUGGGAUGAUCUAGACAUAGAGUAUGACAAGUUUAUUCGCACAACUGAUCCUAGGCAUGAGGCAAUUGUCAAUGACUUCUAUUCCAGAGUGCUAGAUAGUGGUGACAUAUAUAGAGCAGAUUAUGAAGGACUUUACUGUGUGAGCUGUGAGGAGUACAAGGACGAAAAAGAGCUUGCGGAAAACAAAUGUUGCCCAGUGCAUCUAAAGCCUUGUGUACCAAGAAAGGAAGACAACUAUUUCUUUGCCUUGUCAAAAUACCAGCAUCAACUGGAAGAUCUACUGACAAAAAAUCCUAAUUUUGUACGGCCAUCACAUCGAUUAAAUGAGGUCCAAGGUUGGGUUAAAAGUGGAUUAAGGGACUUCUCUAUUUCCCGUGCAUCUGUAGAGUGGGGUAUUCCGGUGCCAAAUGACACCAAACAGACAAUAUACGUGUGGUUUGAUGCGUUGUUAGGGUACAUUUCAGCAUUACUAGACGAUGGGGAGAAGGCAAGUUUACAACAAGCCGUUGAACGUGGUUGGCCUGCCUCCCUGCACUUGAUAGGAAAGGAUAUAUUGCGGUUUCAUGCAGUUUAUUGGCCAGCAAUGUUAAUGUCAGCAGGAAUAAGUGUUCCUGAUGCAGUUUUUGGUCAUGGAUUUUUGACAAAGGAUGGCAUGAAGAUGGGAAAAUCAUUAGGCAACACACUUGAACCAAAGGAUCUGGUUAACAGAUUUGGAGCUGACGCUGUUAGGUACUUCUUCUUGCGGGAGGUGGAAUUUGGCAAUGAUGGGGACUAUUCAGAGGAGCGCUUUAUCAAUAUAGUCAAUGCACAUCUUGCCAACACUAUUGGAAACCUCCUGAAUCGCACACUUGGGCUGCUAAAAAAGAAUUGUAAAUCCACAUUAGCUUUUGACUCAAUUGCUGCUGCAGAUGGAAUUUCAUUGAAGGAUAACAUUGAAAACUUGGUGGACAAAGCAAAAGGGCAGUUUGAAAAUCUUUUGUUGUCAUCAGCAUGUGAAACUCUUAUGGAGAUUGGUAACUUAGGAAACUUGUACAUUGAUGAGCAAGCACCAUGGUCUUGUUUUAAGCAAGGGGGUGAGAGUGCUGAAAAGGCUGCUAAGGAUCUUGUUAUUAUUUUGGAGACUAUGAGAAUAAUUGCAAUUGCAUUAUCACCGAUUACUCCAAGCCUUUCUUUGAGGAUUUAUACACAGCUUGGUUUCACAGAAGACCAAUUUAGAACACUGAGAUGGGAGGAUACCAAAUGGGGAGGUCUAAAGGCAGGUCAGGUAAUGAUGGAGCCAAAGCCAGUUUUUGCAAGGAUAGAAACGGAGACGGAUGAGAAAGACCAGCCAAGUUCGAAGGCCACAAAAGGCGGGAAGAAGAAAGCAAAAAGUCAUGGACUUGUGGAAGCAUGAGUCAAGUUUGUGAUGGUGUAGAUAGCAUAAAACCACCUGCGAAUCUGCGAUCCUGCCGCUUGUUGGGGGU